GGUGUCACUUUCCGGCGGGCGGGAGCGGACGAGUUGGGGCCGAGGGCCCGCCCGCCCUGCCGCCCUUUCGGGAGACUCCGGCCGCUCCGGAGCAGGAAGGGAAGGGACGACCCCGCCGCCCGACGGGACUUCUGGGCCGGGCCUCCCGGGUCGGUUACUGGCACUGUCCCUGACCCGGGAGAGGAGGUGGGGUGGUGCUUGGCACGCAGGGGACUCCGGGGAGACAGGUCCCACCAACCCUGGCUGCCUGGAACUCGCUGUGUAAAGGGGCCGGUCUCCAUCGCACAGAAACCCGCCUGCCUCAGCCUUGGGAGUACGGAGAUGAAAGGCCUGCGCCACCAUGCCUGGCCAGGGAACUUCUGGUUAUUGAAGUUCUGACGUUUCCACUUCAGGGGCUUGCUAUGGCAUUGUUCAAGUACCCACUGGACCAUGGUUUUGCAGGAAAUGUGAAUCUCAGGAGAGAGCAGCCAGAGUGACUUGCUACAUAUGUGAUGAACAAGGAAGAGAAAGCAAAGCAGCCACUGGUGCUUGCAUGACAUGUAAUAAACAUGGAUGUCGACAGGCUUUCCAUGUAACAUGUGCUCAGUUUGCUGGACUCCUCUGUGAAGAAGAAGGUAAUGGUGCAGACAACGUCCAGUACUGUGGCUACUGUAAAUACCACUUCAGUAAGCUGAAAAAGAGCAAACGGGGAUCUAAUAGGUCAUAUGAUCAAAGUUUAAGUGAUUCUUCCUCUCACUCUCAGGAUAAACAUCAUGAGAAAGAGAAAAAAAAGUACAAAGAAAAGGACAAACACAAACAAAAACACAAGAAACAACCAGAACCAUCCCCUGCUUUGGUUCCAUCCUUGACUGUUACUACAGAAAAAGUCGUACAAGGAUCAGAUGUGAGAGGAGUAGAGAACCUCAGGAUCAACUCAAGUAAUUGGAAAAAGACUUACACAUCCGGUAGCAGCAGCUCUGUAUCAGGAUCAUUGAAGCGCCUGGAAGAUACCACAGCACGAUUUACAAAUGCCAAUUUCCAGGAAGUCUCUGCACACACCUCUAGUGGAAAAGAUGUUUCAGAAACUAGAGGGUCAGAGGGCAAAGGGAAGAAAUCUUCAGCUCACAACUCAGGUCAAAGGGGAAGGAAGCCUGGUGGUGGAAGAAAUUCAGGAACCACUGUGUCUGCAGCUAGUCCCUUUCCACAAGGCAGUUUUUCAGGCACUCCAGGCAGUGUGAAGUCAUCUUCUGGAAGUUCAGUACAGUCUCCCCAGGAUUUCUUAAGCUUUACAGACUCAGAUCUGCGUAAUGACAGUUACACUCACUCCCAGCAGUCAUCAACCAAAGAUGUACAUAAAGGAGAGUCUGGAAGCCAGGAAGGGGGAGUAAAUAGUUUCAGUUCCUUAGUUGGUCACCCUGUGACCUCAACUGUUAUUUCACAGCCUAAAAGCUUUGAAAACUCACCUGGAGAUUUGGGUAGUUCCAGCCUCCCUACAGCAGGAUAUAAGCGGGCUCCAACUUCUGGCCUAGAUGAAGAAAUAGUAAAGGAAAAGAAAAGGAAAGGAAAUAAACAGAGUAAGCAUGGGCCUGGUCGACCUAAAGGAAACAAAAAUCAAGAGAACGUUUCUCAUCUCUCAGUUUCUUCUGCUUCACCAACGUCAUCUGUAGCAUCAGCUGCAGGAAGCGUCACAAGCUCUAGUCUUCAGAAAUCUCCUACAUUGCUCAGGAAUGGAAGUUUACAGAGUCUCAGUGUUGGCUCCUCUCCAGUUGGUUCAGAAAUUUCCAUGCAGUAUCGACAUGAUGGAGCUUGUCCAACAACUACUUUCUCAGAGUUGCUGAAUGCAAUACACAAUGACAAAGAUGACAUUUCUCCACUAAUCAAGCAGGAACUUAAAUUCAUAGGUAUUUAUAACAGCAGUGAUGUAGCCGUGUCCUUUCCCAGUGUAGUGUCUGGCUCAGGAUCUAGCACUCCUGUCUCUAGUUCCCACUUACCUCAGCAGUCAUCUGGGCAUUUGCAACAGGUGGGAGCUCUCUCCCCCUCAGCUACAUCAUCUGUCACCCCUGCUGCUGCCACAACUCAGGCAAAUACCCUUUCUGGACCUUCUCUUAGUCAGGCACCAUCUCAUAUGUAUGGCAGUAGGUUAAAUCCAAAUCCAUCCAUGGCAACUCUCAUAGCUCAAUCUGAAAACAGUCAACCAGAUCAAGAUCUUGGAGACAAUAGCCGAAGUCUAGUUGGUCAAGGAAGCUCACCCCGAGGAAGCCUCUCUCCAAGAUCCCCUGUAAGCAACUUACAGAUUCGCUAUGAUCAGCCAAGCAAUAGCAGUUUGGAAAAUCUGCCUCCUGUAGCAGCCAGCAUAGAGCAACUUUUGGAGAGGCAGUGGAGUGAAGGACAGCAGUUCUUGUUAGAACAGGGAACUCCAAGUGACAUUUUAGGAAUGCUGAAGUCAUUACACCAACUUCAAGUUGAAAAUCGAAGAUUGGAAGAACAAAUUAAAAACUUGACUGCCAAAAAGGAACGUCUUCAGUUAUUGAAUGCACAGCUUUCAGUGCCUUUUCCGACCAUAACAACAAAUCCUAGCCCUUCUCAUCAGAUACACACAUUUUCAGCACAGACUGCUCCUGCUACUGAUUCAUUGAACAGCAGUAAGAGCCCACAUAUAGGAAACAGCUUUUUACCCGACAGCUCUCUUCCUGUAUUAAAUCAGGAUUUGCCCUCCAGUGGACAGAGCACCAGCAGCUCCUCUGCUCUUUCGACUCCACCUCCUGCUGGGCAGAGUCCAGCUCAGCCAGGCUCUGGAGUUAGUGGAGUUCAGCAAGUCAAUGGUGUGACAGUGGGAGCACUAGCUAGUGGAAUGCAGACGGUAACAUCCACCAUUCCUGCAGUGUCUGCAGUGAGUGGAAUAAUUGGAGCUUUGCCAGGUAGCCAACUGGCAAUUAAUGGCAUUGUAGGAGCUUUAAAUGGGGUGAUUCAGACCCCUGUCACAAUAUCCCAGAACCCCGCACCCCUUGCCCACACAAGUGUACCACCUAACACAGCACAUCCAAUGCCAGCAACCCUGACUAACAGUGCCUCGGGACUAGGAUUGCUUUCUGACCAGCAAAGACAAAUGUUUAUCCAUCAACAGCAGUUUCAGCAGUUGUUAAGUUCUCAACAGCUCACACCAGAACAGCACCAGGCCUUCCUGUAUCAGCUAAUGCAGCAGCACCACCCACCAGAGCUGCAGCAGCUGCAACUCUCUGGGCCUGCUCAGAUCCCCAUCAACAACCUCCUUGCAGGCGCUCAGGCACCCCCACUUCACACGGCCACCACCAACCCCUUCCUCACCAUCCACGGGGACAGCACAAGUCAGAAAGUCACAAGACUUAGUGAUAAAGCUGGGCCUGCAGCUCAAGAGAAAAGUUGACACUUGGAAGCAUCUGAGAGUGGCCUGUCCUGCUGUCCUGGCCCUUCACCCGGCUGCCCCGCAGUCCUCUACUACAGCUGUGAAGACAUGCACCAGGAGGCUGCACACGAAGGAUGCCUCCAGCAUGUGCUUGUAAGGCUUGAUGAAUUUUCUUGUUGCUUCGUUGCACUGAAAUGGAAUUCCUUUACCCCCACCCCUAACCAAAGUAUUUGAACUUUGGAAGAAAAAUUAAUAACUAACUUGUUUUUGUCAAUGAAAUAAUUUACAUGCAAUGAGUUUAUCAACCCCCAAAAUUUAGUAUACUUGGUGCACAAUUAACUUUGUUACAAAUUGGAGACACAGUAAAACUAAAGACCUGCUCCAUUUACAAAUGACUUGGUUUUAUUGUAAAGGUUGGAAUAUGAAAUAUUAUCUUCUUUGACUUCAAGUGUACUUGCUCCAUGAGUCAGAUCUGAAAUUUCAAGAACUGUCCAAUUUCUGCUCCUGGUAUUCAUUAUUAUUAUUACUGUGACUAUAUGGGUCAUUGCAAACUUUUUUUUUUUUUUAGACAACCUCAUUUCUAAUGAGAUUGUUUUUUUUUGUUGUUUUUUUUUUUUUUUUUAAAAAAAAAGAAAAACAAACCUCAUUUCUAAUGAGAUUUGGCCAUUUGGUAAUCAGAUUAAGAUAGAAAUGUCUGCUUCUGCUAAAGGUAAUUUUCUUUUGCUAAAAAUGUUUUUUCUUUAGUAUUAAGACCUUAGUCAUAUUUAAAGAAAUCUUGAGUUAAGCGAAUUCUAAGUCUGCUGGGAGAACCAGAUCAACUCGACGUGAACAUUCUCCUUCAGAAAGAAACACCAAUUUGGAAAUUGCUGAUGGGGUCUGGCUUUAGUCAAGUGCCUGUUGGGGCCUCCCUGGGUUGAAAGGGCUCUAGACAAGCAGAACUCCAACUGGUCAAUCCUUGGGGGUCACAGGAAUAGGCCGCCUGUGCCAGCAGCCAGACCCGUGCCUCUGCCUUUGUUGAAAACCUUCUAUGCCACUGUAGAUAGCUCAGGCAAAACAGGUACCUGGGAUUUGUCCACUAAUGAGUCACAAGAAAAUGAGUGGCUUUGGUAAGAGUAUGCUUAUUUUGUUUCACCAACUUCUCAUUACUGCCCAUUAAAACAAAAAUGGGUCGCUACCAUCCUGAGUCUUACAGCCUUCUGCUUCCAGCAGCCCCACUCUCUGUGACAGGAUGGCAGAGUGAUAAGCUCUUGGGGAUGUGAUCCUUGGUCUGUUUCUGAGUGUGUGAAUUAUUAGUGGAAAGGACCCAGCCGCAAUCAGACCUCCACUGUGUGCCCAGCUGAAGAACAUGUUAAUUCUGCAAUAUGUCUCUUGGUUAAACAUUGCACAGUUCUUACCUCAUUUCUGUAAAUAAAGUUUGUGAAUCUGUUUUGUAAUGUGAAAAAUUCAUAAGAUAACAUUGAUAUUUUGAUUUGUAAUAUUUCUAAUUGGUAGAUUUAAUUGAAAAGUAAAAUUAAUUUAUUUUUAUAUGUUCAGGGGAAUUUUAAAGAAAGUUAAACCUUUUGUAGAUAAUUUAAAGAAUCAGUGUGGUUUAUUUUACUAUUUAACCCACUGGUUGUUAUUCUGUAACAAUUUGUAUAAAUGGUAAAUUUUGAAUGUGUUAUUUUACCUAGAUGUAAAAUUCCACAUGUAUUAAAAUGUACAAAGUUUUGUUAAUAAAAUUUAAUGAUGUUUAUA